AUGUCAGGUGGCCUGCUGUGGAGCACGGUGGGCUGCCAUCCAACCAGGUGUGGAGAAUUCGAGGGCCCGCACGGCCCGCCCGACCGCUACCUGGAGCAGCUGUCGGGGCUGGUGCGACAGGGUGCCGGCAGGGUGGCUGCCCUGGGCGAGAUGGGACUCGACUAUGAGCGGCUGCAGUUCUGUGAGCGGGAGACGCAGCUGCGCUACCUGGAGCUGCAGCUUCAGUUGGUGCGUCCCUGUGGGAACCUGCCUCUGUUCCUGCACUGCCGCAAGGCCGCACCCGACCUGCUUGACGUGCUCACUCGCAACCGGGGACUCUUCACCGGUGCUGUGGUGCACUCCUUUGAUGGCAGCAAGGAAGAAGCAGCUGCGUUCCUGGACUUGGGCCUCUUCAUUGGCAUCAAUGGCUGCUCACUCAAGACAGCCGAGAAUUUGGCGGUAGCAGCCACUAUUCCCAGAGACCGACUUCUCAUCGAGACAGGUGAGCACAGUAUGUUCUUUAUUGGCAUAGCUGGUGUGCAGCCAGGAUUUUGUUUUGGCAAGACUCCCAUGU